AUGCCUCAAACGAAUAAAUCCAAAACUUCAAGCGGCACUAAUCAAGUGUCCGCUCCCGAUAGCGGCGAGCCACCUCCUCAAACAGAAUCAAGGGAACCCAUGGCUUCGGGGGACCAUAUAGGGGUUUGUGAGGAGGACCAAGGCGACCUGGAAAUUGUCAAAUCCCCAAGUGACCCGAAGAAGUACCGGUACAUUGAGUUAAAUAAUGGACUGAGAGCCCUUCUUAUAUCAGACCUCAGCAAAGGAGACGUUAAGAGUGAUUCAGAAGAGCCAGACAAAAACGAUGAAGAAGAAGAUGAUAAUGGCGAUGAUGAUGAUGAUAAUGAUGAUGGCGGUGGUGGGGGAGAUUCUGAGGAAGAAUGCUCUCAAGAUGAUGAAAGUGUCCAUGGGCAAGAGAGUGAACCAGACGUACAUGGUGAUGAGAGGAAGAAAGGCUCAUCAGAGAAACAAUCUGCUGCUGCUCUCUGCAUCAGUGUGGGAAGCUUUAGCGACCCAGAGGAUCUGCCUGGUCUAGCCCAUUUCUUAGAGCACAUGGUGUUUAUGGGGAGUGAAAAGUAUCCUGCUGAGAAUGGUCUUGAUGCAUUUCUGAAGAAACAUGGGGGCAGUGACAAUGCCUCUACAGACUGUGAAAGGACCAUUUUCCAGUUUGACGUCCAGAGGAAGUAUUUUCGGGAUGCCCUGGACAGGUGGGCGCAGUUCUUUAUCUGUCCCCUAAUGAUUGAAGACGCUAUUGAUAGGGAGGUCGAGGCAGUCGACAGCGAAUACCAGCUGGCGAGACCGUCAGAUUCUCAUCGUAAAGAGAUGCUGUUUGGAAGCCUGGCCAAAGCCAAACACCCAAUGAGCAAGUUCUGUUGGGGAAAUGCUCAGACUCUGAAACACGAGCCCAGAGAAAAGAACAUUAACACGUAUGAGCGACUGCGAGAGUUCUGGAGGAGGAACUACUCUGCCCAUUACAUGACCCUCACCGUGCAGUCCAAAGAAACUCUGGACACUCUCGAGAAAUGGGUGAGGGAGAUCUUCAGCAAUGUCCCUAACAAUGGUCUGCCACAGCCUGACUUCUCCCAUCUUCAGGACCCCUUUGAAACUCCUGCCUUCAACAAACUUUACAGAGUGAUUCCUGUGAGAAAAAUUCAUGCACUUACAAUCACCUGGGCAUUACCUCCUCAGGGCAAGUAUUACAGGGUAAAACCUCUGCACUACAUAUCCUGGCUCAUAACUCAUGAAGGUGCUGGCAGUAUACUCUCCAUGCUCAGAAAGAAGUGCUGGGCUCUGGCUCUGUUUGGAGGGAACAGUGAGACAGGUUUUGAUCAGAACACUACCUAUUCCAUCUUCAGUAUCUCCAUCACCUUAACAGACGAGGGCUUCCAGAACUUCUACCAGGUGGUUCAUUUGGUCUUCCAGUACCUGAAAAUGCUUCAGACUCUUGGACCUCAGCAGAGGAUUUAUGAAGAAAUUCAAAAAAUUGAAGCCAACGAGUUUCAUUAUCAAGAGCAGACAGACCCAAUAGAGUUUGUGGAGAACAUUUGUGAGAACAUGCAGCUCUUCCCUAAAGAAGACUUCCUGACUGGAGACCAGCUCAUGUUCGAAUACAAUGAAGAGGUGAUCUCCUCAGCUCUGUCUCUCCUGACUCCUGAGAAAGCCAACCUGUUACUACUGUCCCCUGAGCACGAAGGCUGCUGUGACCUGAAGGAGAAAUGGUUUGGAACCCAGUACAGUGUAGAGGAUAUCCCUAAGGAAUGGAGUGACCCCUGGGCUGGAGAUUUCAAACUGAACCCUAACCUUCAUCUUCCAGCGGAGAAUAAGUUCAUAGCCACUGAUUUUACUUUGAAAACAUCGGAUUGCACAGACACAGAAUUCCCUGUGAAAAUAGUGGACGAUGAAAGAGGUCGUCUCUGGUUCAAAAAGGACAAUAAGUUUAAGAUACCAAAAGCUUAUGUCCGCUUCAACCUGCUCUCUCCGCUCAUUCAAAAAUCACCUGAAAACCUGGUUCUAUUUGACAUCUUUGUGAACAUCCUGGCUCACAAUCUGGCAGAACCGGCCUACGAUGCAGAUGUGGCCCAGCUAGAGUACAAACUGGUGGCGGGAGAACAUGGAAUGGCCAUACGACUCAAGGGCUUCAACCACAAACUACCUUUGCUCUGGAACCUCAUAGUGGACUACCUAGCAGAUUUCACCGCUGCCCCGGAUGUGUUUACCAUGUUUGCUGAGCAGCUGAAGAAAACUUAUUUCAAUAUACUCAUCAAACCAGAGAGACUGGGAAAGGACGUGCGCCUCCUGAUCCUAGAGCACUGCCGCUGGUCUGUGAUACAGAAAUAUCAGGCCAUUAUGAAGGGUCUCUCUGUAGAUGACCUCAUGACCUUCGUCAACAGCUUCAAGGCAGAGCUAUACGCGGAAGGUCUUAUCCAGGGAAACUUCACCAGUGCUGAGGCGAAGGACUUCCUGCAGUAUUUCAUUGAUAAACUUCAGUUCAGACCUCUCACCGCUGAGGCUCCUGUUCUGUUUCGUGUGGUGGAGCUUCCCCAGAAACACCACCUGUGUAAAGUCCAGUCGCUCAACAAAGAUGAUGCCAACUCUGAAGUCACAGUGUACUAUCAGUCUGGGCUGAAAAAUCUGAGAGAACACUCAUUAAUGGAGCUGCUAGUGAUGCAUAUGGAGGAACCAUGCUUUGAUUUCCUCAGAACGAAGGAAACUCUGGGGUAUCAAGUGUACCCUACCUGUAGAAACACCUCUGGAGUUCUGGGCUUCUCUGUUACAGUGGAGACUCAGGCAACAAAAUUCAACACUGACUUUGUGGAGGCAAAGAUUGAGGAGUUCUUGGUGAGCUUUGGAGAGAAGCUGAAAAAUCUGUCCGACGAGGCUUUCAACACCCAGGUCACGGCUCUGAUCAAGCUAAAGGAGUGUGAGGACACACAUUUAGGCGAGGAGGUGGAGAGGAACUGGUUCGAGGUAGUGACUCAACAGUAUGUCUUUGAUCGGCUCAGCAAAGAGAUUGAAGCACUUAAACAGUUCACCAAACCAGAACUGGUGUCUUGGUUUAUGGAACACCGCAAAUCAAACAGCAGGAAGCUCAGUGUGCAUGUGGUUGGCUUUGGCGAGCAAGAGGCGGGAAGUCGGGAAGAUGACCAGUCCGGUCCUAAGAAUGCGCAAGAGAACGGAGGUCCAGAGAAGUCUUCCUCUUAUGGAGAGGUCUCCAAACUCACGUUCCUGCCCGCCUCAUGUCUCCUGGAAGAUGCCACCAUGAUCACAGACAUUAGAGCCUUCACCUCAUCCCUGAAACUCUACCCUUACCACAAAAUCCUACACUAA